CCCUGUCACAGGAGGAGAGGAGUCAUGAGGCUGUGGCUGUGGGCUUGGGUGUGGGUGUGGCUGCUGGGGCUGGGGGCCAUAGAAACAGCACCCAGCCCACAGAGGGCCAACACCUUGACCCGGGGAGCAGAGUCUGUGCUCUUCCUGGACAGACCUGACUUCUUUGAUUACCCGGACUCAGACCAAGCCAGGCUCCUGGCCGUGGCCCGGUUUAUUGGAGAGAAACCCGUCAUCUUUGUUAACUCAGGAUACAACUCUGAGUUCUUCUAUCACAUCCUAGUGGGUGCUCUGGUAGUGGCCUUCCUCUUCCUCCUUUUCCAGUUCUGCACACACAUGAGCUGCCAAAAAGGGGCCUAAGGAGCCGGACAAGGGCCUUGCACUCUGCCCUGAGUGCCCAAACCUGCCCUCCUUUCCCGCUGAUGAAUACAAGUCUGCUUUUUUCUUCCCUGA